AUGUGUUCUCGCAUUGUAGACCAUCCAGGAGCCAUGCAAAACAAGACUUAUGAGUUUGUACUUGUCAAUAAUCAGCACAAGAACUGCAAAACUGUGCAAAAGUCCAUUGCCCCUAUCGCUAAAAUACAACAGCCACUCCCAGAAGUGAAUACUACCGCCGUCAUCAUUCCAAUGAGCAAGACGGCGCAGAAAAAUGCGCGUAGGAAUGACAACUUGACCGCAGUCAACAACAAGAACCAACUGUUCCGCGCCGAGUUUGGUACUAUGCAGUACUGUCACCUGCAUGUCUACGUCUACAUUAACGCGUUUGAAGAUUACUAUCGAGACUUCUUCAAUGGAUCCAAUCAUCUUGGAGUGGGAUAUCAUCCUGCCAAGCUAACGAUCAUUUUCAGCGAUCAUCAUGACCCACGCGCGUUCAACGUCAUUCUGUUGAUGGAGUUCUUGAAGCGCACUCCUGCCAUGAAAUUCGAUGUUUACACUCUGGAUAUCAACGGCAAGGUCCGUGAAGAGGAUAAAGGGAAAUACGACAUCGUCUUCGGGCCUCUGCGUUUCCAUAUAACGACCAAACUCGCGGGUAAGGUUGAUCGCGUCAGCUUUGGACGAUUUAAUGGAAAGUACCAUAAUCAGAAUGGUGCUUUCACUCUGCUACAUAUACAUAUCAAGCCGGAAUAUGCAGAGGAUUGGAUGGACGACAGUAAAAAUGGGGGAAACCGGCAUUGGGCGGGAAGUGAAUGGAACCAAGGGAAACGUGUUCGUCCUAGGUCAUUUCCGGCGUGGCAGGAACGCCAGAACAAAACUCGAGAAUGGCUUGAUAAUGCGGGGGUGAACGAUGGUCUAAUGGGGUGGAACGUCAAAGUUCAAACAUCUGCUUAA